CCCUCAUUCUCUCUCCCCCUCCCUCCUUCCCUCUAUCCCGCUGCCUUUCCUCUCCCCCUCUCUCUCUCUCUCUCUCGGAUUCCCAGCUGAUUUCUAAGGGCCGCCUUGAAACUGUGUGAUGGAAUUCUGGCUGGGACGUGGAGUCCGGGGAAUCCCGGGAAAACCGCCGGCAAGUGGGAAUGCUGCAGUGACCCAGAGCGGGAGCUGGGGAGGAGUGAAGAGGAUAGAGAGAGUGAGGCAGAGUGAGAAGUGACAGAAAGAGAAGGAGAUAGACAGAGAGAGAGAGAGAGGAGAGCAGAACUGGGGAGGGACAGAGAACGAGAGAGAAGGGAAGCAGAGAUAGAGGGAGGGAGAGAGAGAGAGGGACUAAGCACAGAGACAGCAAGAGGGACAGAGUUAGGGACAGGGAGACGUAGGAAGAAACAGGGUUAGAGAGAGAGAGAGAGAGAGAUAACGAAGGGGCAGAGAGAGUGAGACAGACAGAGAGAAGGGACCAGGGAUAGAGACAGACAGAGAGAAGCGGUCAGAGAAGAGAGUGAAAGACAGAGAGAGAGAGAGAGCAGGGACAGAGUGGGCGAGAGAGAGAGAGAGAGCAGGGAUAGAGAGUGGGGGAGAGAGAGAGAGAGCAGGGACAGAGAGAGUGGGAGAGAGAGAGCUGGGACAGAGAGACAGAGAGCAGGGAGAGAGAGAGAGACACAGAGAGAGAGAGAGCAGGGAGAGAGUGGGAAAGAGGCAGAGAGAGUGGGAGAGAGAGAUAGACAGAGAGUGAGAGAGAGAGCAGGGACAGAGAGUGAGAGAGAGAGCAGGGACAGAGAGACAGAGAGAGUGGGAAAGAGGCAGAGAGAGUGGGAAAGAGGCAGAGAGAGUGGGAGAGAGCAGGGACAGAGAGACAGAGAGAGUGGGAGAGAGGCAGAGAGAGAGCAGGGGAGCAGGGAGAGAGAGUGGGAGAGCAGGCUGCAGGAUUAUCCCCUUGCCCCCCUGCCAGCCAGUGGAGAGAGCGGGGUGUGUGUGUGUGUGUCUGCUCCCCCUGUCUGGGUGUGGAAAGGGCUCUGAUGUCGCUGUUACUGAGCGUGCUGCUGCUGCUGCUGCUGCUGCUGGUGUCCUGUGUCCCGGGAGCAGGGGGCUUCUCCACCUGCCCCAGCCUUGACCUGGAUCUGUACAGGCACCGGAGGAUUGAAGCUAUCCGCGGGCAGAUCCUCAGUAAGCUGCAUCUCAGUGAAGCCCCGGAGCCAGACGAUCUUCCCGAUGAAGUUCCUCUGGAAAUCACCCUCCUGUACAACAGCACCCGGGAUAUGCUGAAACAGAGAGCCCGGCACAGGGAGACCGUGUGCUGGAGGAGCAGCCAGAUGGAAUACUACGCAAAGGAUAUGUACCGCCUGGACAUGGCCCCAGCCAGCUACCGAGAGAACACUAUCUCCAGCAGUUUCUACAAUCCCUAUUUCCGGUUGAUCCACUUCGAUGCUUCCAACCUGGAGAAGAAUGUCUCGAGUCUGGUCAAGGCAGAAUUCCGACUCUACCGGAUCCGGUAUCAGAAAUCCCGAGUGGCGGAGCAGAGAAUCGAGCUGUACCAGGUUCUCAAGGCCAGGGACCCGGCCUCGCCAGCUCAGCGUUACAUUGACAGCAGGGUGGUACGGCCCCGGAGUGCGGGCGAGUGGCUAACGUUUGAUGUGACAGAGACGGUCAGCGAGUGGUUACUGCACCGAGACAGAAACCAUGGAUUGAAGGUGAGCGUGCACUGUCCGUGUUGUACCUUCGUCCCGUCAUCCAACAACAUCGUCUCCAACAACAGUGAGGAGCUGGAGGCUCGCUUUGCAGGUAUCGACGAUGACGCCUUCGUGGGGUAUUCGCGGGGGCGGAGGCAGCAGCGAGUGGCCGCCCUCAGGAAGCCCCACAUCCUGUUCACCCUCCUGCCUCCAAACAGGCGGGAGAUCCCGGUCAACGGGCUGAGGUGGAGGCGUGCGGUGGAAGACGACGCCUGCUCCAGGAACGUGGAAGAUGAGUGCUGUCUCCACCACCUCUACGUUGACUUCAGGAAGGAUCUAGAUUGGAAAUGGAUCCGGGAGCCGCGAGGAUACAGGGCCAACUUUUGCGGGGGAACCUGUCCGUACGUCUGGAGCUCCGAUGUGCUGCACAGCAAGGUGAAGGUCCUCUCCCUGGCUGGGCCGGAUUCAGGGAGCUCUUCAACUGGGUGGGCCGUCACGGACUUGCAACUCAGGG